AAGUCUGAGAUGAAAUUUGAAGAAGAGGAAGAGGAAGAGUUGCCAAAUUUAUGUGCAUUCAUUGGGAUCAUAGAUGAAGAAUCUGACAAUGAAAAGGUAGAUGUGAACGAACUCUACAAUGAGACAAUGAAGAUCUAUGAGAUUAACAUGAGACUGGUCAAGGAGAAGAAGGAAUUGGAGUUGCAACUAAAAGAAGCAAAGACCGAAAUAGUGCUAAAAGAAGAGGAGAUCACUCACUUGAAACGACAACUAGAAGAAACAAAGAAGAAUGUACGAAUGCUUGGAAGUGGAAUAGAGAAGUUGGACUUUCUGCUCGGCGUGGGCAGACAUGAUCCUGGACAUACAGGACUUGGAUACGUGGGCGAGCAAAGCAAGAACCAAGGUAAGUUUGUGUCAGGAGGAAUAGUGGGCGAAGAAGUACCUGACAAAAUCCGAAGGGACCCUCACUCUAAACCUGACUUCCAUACGAGGCACUACAAACCUAACUUUCAGUCAAGGAAAACAUACCAAGAGAGACAAAAUUGUUUUUUCUAUGGUAAAAAGGGUCAUAUUCGAGCUCAUUACCAUCAUCUAAAAGCCACUCGGGAUAGAGGUAAGUAUAAUCACUAUCCUUUUACUAUGAAACAGAUUUGGGUAAGGAAGGAUGCUCUUAACUGUAAUAUGGCAUUGACCUCUGAGCAAAGUAACCAUGAUAACAUAUGGUACCUUGAUAGUGGUUGUUCAAGGCAUAUGACAGGAAAGAAGGAAUUGCUGUCAAAUUUUGUCAGUGAUAAGAAAGGAGACGACGUGACAUUUGGUGAUGGAAAGAAGGAAAAGAUGGGACUUAAGGCAAAUUUGGUUAGCAUUAGUCAACUUUGUGACAAUGGCAUGAAGGAAAGAACAAGAAUCAGCCAAAGUGCUUCAAAGUAUCCACUACUGACAAGUCAGGGGCUGUUCACAGAAUGACAAAGCUCAUUCACGAAGAGAAAAUUGUACCCUAGUCAUGUCGAUAAACUCGAGUUCAACACAGGAGGAUAAAUGAAAUACAAACCGAGAGCACCAGUGGAAAGAGGUAUGAAUUCGUAUGUGUUGAUGGUUUAUUCAAUUGGACGAAUUGUUUUAGGGAACAAGUUGAAAAGAAACACCUCGUGAUUGAGUAUGUUCCCACAGAACAUCAACUGGCUUAUCUCUUUACAAAACCACUUGAUAUGAACAGAUUCAUAUGUUUGCAGAAAUCUGUAGGUGAUGGGGAACAAUAAAAAAAAAAUUUCAGAGUACUGGAGUUAGGGUUCCCUUAGUCUUUGGUAGGUACCACUCACUAGGACGAAUAAGAAAAGUUGCAGUUAAUUGAUACUCCACUAUC